AUGCGUCGCUCGCCGUCAUGCGCUGCGCGCAUCCUCACAAUCUUUUCCCUUGCACUCCUUUGCUCACUCUCCUUUACUGUCGCUCUGGCACACCCCGCCGAUAUUAACGGCAUCGUGCUGAAGAGACAAGACGGUCCCAGCGGUCCAGCGAACCCGUCUGAUACGCCUGGUCCUAGCAGCUCCUCGUCGUCGUCUUCCCCUGCGACCACCCCUUCCAGCAGCUCUUCUGCUGAAUCCUCCAUUUCGGUUGCAUCUACUACGUCGGAUACCCCGUCCACGUCCCCCACUACAAGCUCAACUAUACCCUCAACUACUUCCACUUCUUCGAGUGUCGAGAGCUCGUCAUCGACCUUUUCUUCUUCGUCUUCAUUUUCCAGCUCUGCGCCUCCUAGCUCGUCGUCGAGCGUUGUCACUACUUCGUCAUCUCCGCCGUCCUCAUCGUCUAGGCCAUCCAGCUCGUCUACCCUUUCGACCACGUCUGUGUCCAGGACUACGGCCAAGGCUAUCACUGUGAUUGCGACCACCACCACCCCCGCUAAUGGAGGUACGACUCUGAUAAGGCCGUCGGCUACAUCCCUUGCGCCCGCUACCACCGUCUCAGCAUCAGCUUCGGCAUCGUCUACUCCCAAAAGUUUCCUCGAAAACAAAGGAGCUACGGCAGCUGUCUUCACAAUUGUCGGAUUAGCAGGCUUGGGCGUCGUUGUGGGUGCGGCAAUGUUCUUCUAUAAACGCCACCGCCGUGACGACGAAGAGGAGGACGUGUAUUUCGAGAAAUACAACGAUCCGGAGCCGUCCACCGAUAUGGCUCAAGUGCACGGCAGUUACGGGACUAUGGAGCCGGCUGCUACGGAGGCGAUGGCGCCCGCGGCUGGUCACGAUGCGUACCCCGAUCGUACGGUCCAUUAUGGUCCGUCAAUGGGCCAGGAAUACGACGCCGCAUACGCGCAGAACUAUGAUCACCAGCAGUAUGGCAUGGAAUACCCGCCUAAUACGGCGUAUGCGAAUGCCACGGCGCAUGAGGGCGAAUACCAAUACCACGGAUACGACAACGAGCAGUACGCUGCUCCCUCUGCUUACGAGCCCGCUCCAGUGCAAUAUGAGCAGCAGCUUUCGCCGACCGGCCAUCCUUUCGCCGACUCGAGGCAUGCGGCUAGGGCUGGUGGUGCGCCUCCGGUCUCACCCAACCCGUCAGGAUACUCUGGAGACUCGUACUACUCGCCUCAGUAA